UAUACGAAAAUGGUUUGCAAAACUGUGAUUAAUUUAAACAUUAGUUAAGGCAGAAGAAAUCCACAAUUCAUUGUAAUAAUAAAAUAAAAUAAAUGGUUGAGGCAAUUGCUGUCUGCAGAAUUCUUGAUAGAGGUAUGCCUUCUCGCCCAGAAAAGCUGAAGGUGAAGCUGAAAAAGAAGCAGCAGGACAGGCAUUGCCAUUAUGCAAAGGCGCUAUUCAACAGUUUCAACUUGCCGAAAAAGGAUGACCAGAUGAAACCUUUAACCUUGCACCACAGAAUCACUACUGUUGCCCUACUCUGUGAGUCCUCCAAGGCUUCAUUUGAUCAAUAUUUGGAUGAUGAACAAAGGGUUAUUAAAGCCCUAUUUCCAGGCAUAGAGGCAAGAAAACUUAACAAGUUAAGUAUGCAGAAAGAGUGGAGGAUUCAAAUGCCAACCAUGCAAUUCUUGUUCAUGUCUGUCUGCCUUGUAUUAUACAUCAAUUUAAGAUACAAGUCCAAAGGGAAAGACUACCCUCCUCAUGUUCCUCAUCACAUCCCCAUGGUCCUUGAGCUUGAAGCUACAAGGUGGGAACUUGAGGGCUUCCCCUAUGAGUACCGGCCACGUGACUUUAGCAUAUCUGCUAAAGGAACCGUAUAUCCUGAUAGAAAGCAAGGAACACAAAGCAGGCUUCGAACCCAGAUUGACGUAAUCUUAAGCUUCAUUGUUUCACCUCUGCUUGGUUGGGUUCCACAAAGUGUUAUGCAUAGCCUCAUAAAAUCGCUGGUGAAGACUAUGAUGGCGGAUUCGACAUCAAAUGCCAGAUUGCUUGAAGACUAUGAAGUAUUCAAAACGAAGAAUGUGGUUUAGUACUCCGUGAAAGAUCCUUGGACAAGGAUCUUUUAACUCUUGAUUCAUUGUAUCUCUUUAUUCGUUGUAUUGAAAUAUAAGAAUUUGAAAUAUAUAUUCUUAUAUAUGACAAAACAAGUUAAGAAAUGA